UAUGUAUGUACAAGCGUGGGGGAUGAUGAGGCUGGUUAUGGCUUGCAUAUGCGGCAGCGGAGAUUGGCCUUCCUCAGAGCUGAAUGGCUGAAGAAGAUGGGAUCUACCUACGACAACCUUCAGACGGUCGAUUACGCAGUUGACCAGACGAGUACCAAGACAGUGCGUGCCAUUGAACUCGAAGAC